AUGAACUCAAAUUAUUUUGUAACAUUUGACUUUCUAAAUAUGAGAUUAGUUCAAUUAGUUCGGAUUCGAGCACUGUUCAUAAAUAUUUUAUUACUCAUAUAGUACCUCUGUAGGUACAUUGGCAGCUUCUAUGUUUGUCAUUCAAAAAAUUGCAGUUAAUUUGUCAGAGUGACUACAGUCUACAUUUCAUACAUCAAAUUUAUAUCAAGUAAUAUAAAAUUCCGAAGUUAUUUCAGGUAAAUCGCUUACAAAAACCAAAUUUUCAAUUGCUUAUAAUGGCGGAAAAUCAACUACAAUUUUCGAUUUUACCUAAAAUUCUAAAUGGGGGAAUAGCCGGAAUGAUAGGAGUCGCUUGUACUUUUCCAACCGAUUUGGUGAAGACGCGACUGCAGAAGCAACAGAUUGGACCUGAUGGGACCAAGAUGUAUGAUGGCAUUUUCGAUGCCAUGAAAAAAAUUAGCCGCUCAGAAGGGAUUCGAGGCCUUUACAAAGGAUCCAGUGUUCUCAUUCUGUUGAUCACACCCAUGAAAGCCAUCCGUUUUACAGCCAAUGACUUCUUCAGGUUUCAUUUGAAAGACAAAACGACAAAUAAAUUAAGUACAGCGCGACAAGGAUUAGCUGGAGCCUUAACCGGAGUAGUUCAACUCGUAGUAACCGUUCCAAUGGAGUUGCUGAAAAUCCAGCUUCAAGAUGCGGGCCGAGUGGCAGCUAUGGAAGCCAAACAAACUGGUAAACCCGUAACGCCAAACAUAUCAGCACUUAAAGUAUUCAGUGAUUUAAUCCGAUCUCGAGGAUUCUUUGGAUUAUACAAAGGAACAUUUGCAACCAUGUGCCGAGAUGUGCCAUUUUGUGGCGUUUAUUUUCCCGUUUUUGCUAAACUGGACUCAUUCGGUCCGAGAAAACUAGACGGAUCAGGUGACGCCAAGUUUUACUGGUCGUUUAUAUGUGCUUUAUCCACAGCUUCAUGUACAGCUGUAAUGGUCACGCCUUCUGAUAUAAUGAAGACCAGAAUUCAAAGCAUCAGCAAAGGAGCUGCAGGCGAUAAAACCUAUGGAAGUGUAAAAGAUGCUUUUAAAGAUAUUCUUCAACAUGAAGGAAUAAAAGGGUUCUACAAAGGCGGAGCGUGUCGAAUCUUGGUGUUGGCUCCCACGUAUGCAAUCAUCCAAGGAAUUUACUUCUUAGGUGUAGCCGAAAAAAUCUUCGGAUUGAAAAGGGAUAUUAAAGUUGUUAAAUAGGUGGUA